AUGGUCGGCAUCGGCAGCGGUGUACUAAGUGAUAAGCAUGAGGUUCGUCUGGGCGAUGUUGUGGUCAGUGCGCCUCGUGAUAGCGAGGGUGGUGUGUUCCAGUAUGACUUUGCGGGCAUACAGGCGCUGUAUAAGAGGAAGGGGUAUCAGCUCGAUGAGGCUAUUAGUAGCAUUGUCAAAAAGAACGCGAGGCUAUGCCGGGAGUACGAACGACCGCAGUCAAGGACGGACAGGCCUUUCAAGCCCAAAUCGUUUAUGACUCAAGAGGCUGUGCUGCAUUUUGUGCGGAUGACUCUGCAAAUUUGGUACCGCGACGCGAGCGGACUAAACACGAGGAUAAUCAUGCCAUCCACUACGGCCUAA